AUGGAUUUCGCCCCGAAAAUCGCUCAAUAUCUCUGUGAUUUUGAGUGUCACGGAAAGGCUCAAAUGAACGGUGGUUAUUGUGCGAAACAAUUCGAGCGACCCCGAUGUUUUUGUCACUUUUUUUCGCCGAUCGAUCAACAGAAUAUGUUGUUUGGCGGAGAGAAGAGUGAACUUUACCCGAAUGGCGGUGGAGAUGAUUUGGCAAUCCGUGAUCUCUCAUUUCUUCCAUGGUUAUCAAUGAAUCAUUCGCCAAUCGAGAAAAGCACGCAAAAACUCCCGAAAAUUGAGUUCAUUCGAGAAAACGAUGAGAAAACCUGGGGAAACGAUUGGAUU